UGGAAUCUAUACUCACCACCUAUUUAUCUCCACCUCUUUCAUCACUCGGCCCCACGUUUCCUCCACCCCACCACCACCAUCACCACCACUCCAGCACCCUAUCACCACCACCAGUACCCGUGUUCAUCCAAUAUUUAAGCUUUUUAUUUAUUUAUUUUUAAGUCUCAUACUAAACAACCCUUUUUAUUCUCUCUGGUUUUUUUUUUUAAAGAAAAAGCUUUUUUUUUUUUUUUUUUGAGAAGAAACAUGAAAGAAAAAGCUUAAACCUUUACUUCUCUCUUAUCUUAUAAAAAUUGUUUUGUUUAGUUCUUUGAAUAAACAAAGAUAAAUAUAAAAAAAAGAAAGGAGGAAGGAAAAAAAAAAAACAGACAUAACAAUCUUGUAACAGAUAUUUUUGUUUGUUUUAACGUUAUUACCGGCGAUGCCUACGCCGGUAAGUACAGCCAGGCAAUGCUUGACACCAGAAGCAGCUCACGCGCUAGAUGAGGCAGUGAGUGUUGCGCGCCGGAGAGGACAUGGACAAACGACGUCACUUCAUGCCAUUUCCGCUUUGCUAUCUCUUCCUUCAUCGAUUCUACGCGACGCUUGUGCGCGUGCAAGGAACUCAGCCUAUUCGUCUCGGCUACAAUUCAAGGCGCUCGAGCUUUGUCUUAGUGUUUCGCUUGACCGAGUUCCAGCUAGUCAGCUUACAGAUGACCCGCCGGUUUCGAACUCGCUUAUGGCGGCGAUAAAAAGGUCUCAGGCUAACCAGAGAAGGCAACCGGAGAAUUUCCAUUUAUAUCAUCAAAUUGCACAGCAGCAGCAAUCAUCCACUUCAAUGUCGUGUAUAAAAGUGGAGCUCCAAAACUUGAUUUUAUCGAUCCUCGAUGACCCGGUUGUGAGUCGGGUUUUUGGCGAAGCAGGAUUUCGGAGCUCCGAAAUCAAGCUCGCUAUUAUACGGCCUCUUCCUCAGGUUUUCAAAUUCUCCCGUUUUAAAGGGCCACCUAUGUUUCUCUGCAACUUGAGUGAUAAUCCGGAUUUUGGGUCGGGUCGGAGAGGAUUUAGCUUUCCUUUCCCUGGUUAUACUGGGUUUUCUAAUGGAGAUGAGAACUCUCGGAGGAUAAGUGAGGUUCUUGUGAGGAACAAAAAUCCUCUGCUUGUUGGUGUAUGCGCUUAUGAUACACUUGCAAGUUUUAGUGAAGCAAUAGAGAAAAGAAAAGAUAAUAUUUUGCCUGUUGAGUUAACUGGAAUAUCUGUUACUUGCGUUGAAAAUGAUAUUGCAAAGUUCAUAAACGAAAAUUUAGAUAAAGGGCGUUUAGAUUUGAGGUUUGAAGAAAUGGGUCGGGUUGUGGAGCAAAAGUUAGGACCGGGAAUGAUAGUGAAUCUUGGGGACUUGAAAGUGUUUGUUAAUAUUGAAAAUGAUAAUGGUUUGAGUGAUUCAGUAACAUACGUAGUUGAAAAAUUGAAAAAAUUCUUGCUUUUACAUAGCAAGAAAGUGUGGUUUAUAGGUUCAACAGCAAGUUAUGAAGGUUAUUUGAAGUUUGUUAGCAGAUUUCCUUCCAUUGAAAAGGAUUGGGAUUUGCAGCUUUUGCCUAUCACCGCUUUCAGAGAUUCCAUGGCUGAAUCUUACCCUAGGUCAAGCUUGAUGGAAUCAUUUGUUCCAUUUGGUGGGUUAUUUUCUACACCAGCAGAAUUGAAUAGCUCUUUAAGCAACUCUUACCAGUGCAUAUCUCGAUGUCGUUUGUGUAACGAAAAAUGUGAACAAGAAGUACUUGCUGUUUCUAAGGGUGGACCCAUCGCUUCAGUAGCAGAUCACUACCAAUCCAACUUACCUUCUUGGUUACAAAUGGCUGAACUUGGGACAAACAAGGGAUUGGAUGUGAAGACAAGAGAUGAUGGAGUGGUAUUGAGUGCCAAAGUUGCAGGCCUGCAAAAAAAAUGGGAUAACAUAUGCCAGCGUCUUCAUCACACUCAAUCACCUGGGUCAAACAUUCAUCGUUCCAAAUUUCCAACUGUUGUGGGCUUUCAGUUGGUUGAAGACAAAAAGGAAGGUGCUGUAAAGUGUAGCAGCAACAAUACAAAUGCGCCAACGAAUGAAAGUAGAUGCAUCAAUGUCCCCGUUGAUUUGCACAAGAUUUCGGGAAAGCAUUUGAAUAUUCCUUUACCUGUAGUUUCUGAGGCAAACACCCAGCCUAAACAAUGGGAAAAACCUUCAAAAGAAGAUCUGGAGUCAGUUGGUCUCAGAUCUCUUUGUAGUUUUUCCCAUUCAAGCGUGGCUGAUGUCAGUCAAGCAUCUCCUACAUCUGUCACUUCUAUAACUACAGAAUUGGGUUUGAGAAUGAGUCCUGUACCUACCAGUGAUGGGCCAAAGAAACCUGCUAACAAAAAUCAUAUAGAGCUUCCACAAGACUUAUCAGGUUCCUGUUCGGCAAAAAUUGAUCAUCUGGCGCAAUCAUCAUCAUCAUCUUCUUCUCUUGAUUUUGGGGAGCAAUUUGAUCCUAGUAGUUUCAAGAUGCUUUUUGGAGCACUCACUGAGAAAGUUAGCUGGCAAGAUGAAGCUGUUCGUAUUAUCAGCCAAACAAUAGCCCAUUGCAGGACAAGAAAUGAAAGACGCCAAGGAGCAGGUCUAAGACGGGACAUAUGGUUCAAUUUCCUUGGACCUGAUGGCUGUGGCAAGAAGAAAAUUGCUGCUGCCCUGGCUGAGAUAAUAUAUAGCAGCAAGGAAAACUUAAUAUCUGCAGAUUUGAGUCUGCCAGAUGGGAGAAUCGAUGCGCACAGCCAAGGAGUGCAUGGUUACUAUGUAACGCGUAGAGGGAAGACUGCUAUUGAUUAUGUUGCUGGGGAGCUGUGCAAGAAGCCCCUGUCUGUUGUCUUUCUUGAAAAUGUAGAUAAAGCUGAUGUUCAGGCUCAGAAUAGUUUGUCUUAUGCUAUUCAGACUGGUAAAUUUUCAGAUUCACAUGGAAGAGAAGUUGCAAUAAACAACGCUAUAUUUGUGACAACUUCAACAUUCAUGGAUAAUGAACUUCUCUGUCCCAAGAAAGAUUUCUCUACCUAUUCUGAAGACAGAAUAGUGAAAGCAAAGGGUAGGUCAAUGCAGAUAUUAAUUGAGCAAGCUCCUAUGGAUAAAAUGGGUCAAUAUUUGAAAAAAGGUAUCUCUAGUUCCAUCUUGGUGAAUAAGAGGAAGCUGAUUGGUGCAAAUCAAAAUCUAGAACAGCAUGAAAUAUCAGAAAUGGUUAAACGAGCACAUAAGAUACCUACUAGGAAUCUAGAUUUGAACCUUCCUGCCGAAGAGAAUGACAUUCAGGUCACCGAUGAUGGAAAACCUGAUAAUGACUCCACGUCUAGUAACCCAAAGACUUGGUUGCAGGAUUUUUUUGAUCAGGUAGACAGAACAGUGGUCUUCAAGCCUUUUGAUUUUGAUGCUCUUGCUAGUACAAUACUUAAUGAGAUCAACCAGAGCUUCCACAAGAUCAUUGGCUCAGAAUGUUUACUGGACAUCGAAUCUAAAGUCAUCGAGCAAUUACUUGCAGCAGGAUAUUUAUCUGAUCAGAAAAGAGUGGUGGAGGAUUGGGUGGAGCAAGUACUUAGCAAAGGAUUUAUGGAAGUUGUUGAAAGGUAUAAUCUAAUUACUCAUUCUAUUGUGAAAAUUGUUGCCUGCAAAAGCCUAUUUUUUGAGGAGCACAAACCAGGAGUUCAACUUCCUUCAAAAAUUAUUUUGAACUGAUGCCUCAAGAAAGGGCAACUCUUGUAGGUAGAUAUAUGAAGUAGCAUUAGAAAACUAGUAACCCUUUUGUUUUUGCAGGUUAGGUUUGUGUAUUUUGUAUAAUUGUUUCUUCUUUCUUCUUGGGGUAAGGGCCUACAUUUUGAACCAGUGAUCUCUAAAUGGGGAUUACUUGCAGAUAUUACCAAUUGAGCUAACCUUAAUUGGUAAGUGUAAUUUUAUUGUUAGUGCUUGUGUGAUAUUUUGUCUACUUCAGUACAUAAUCAGGUGUUUCCUUGUUGCAUCA